AUGGCCAGAGAAAAACGUACAAAACCUUGUAGCAAUUGCAAACGCUCCAAGGUUAAAUGCGAGUACGUGGAGAGUUUGCCUUGCACUCGUUGCGUCAAUUCGGGCCUCUCAAGCUCUUGCCAUUUUGUGCCGAAGCUUCCAUCGCUCAAACUUCCACUGCUUGAUGUGCAAAGACAAAACAAGUAUCCGGGACCCGAUAUUCUUCCGUCGAAUUUCCUUUCCCAACAAGGUGGGUCCGUGCCGCCUCAAGCAAAUCCAGUUCUUUACUACCCACAAGCCAUCCCAGUACAGCCCGAAGCUAAACUGAUCGCAAAUCAUCUGGCUCCCCUUCACCAGUCUCCACUGAACCCGUCACUCGUUAAUAUUCUGAAAGCAGAAGUUGCAUCGACCCCUAACCGUCUCGUGGGGCCACAAAAUGGUCGUCUGUCCUAUUUCUAUCCAUCACAGAAAGUGAAGAAUAACUCCAUCGCAGACCAAAACCGCCUCGAAAUACACGAUUCUCGUCAGAAUCCCCAUUUGCAUCAAAAAAACUCUUUGAGUGUUAGUCAGGCUGACGCGGAAUGGAAAAUUACUAUGGAAAACAAAUUGAACUCCUUUGAUUCUAAAUUCGAUCAUCUUCUACAAGCUCUUCGUGAAAAUCAGCGAGCAUUAGGUCAUGAAAUGGAACUUAAGAACAGAUACGCAGCGGAAAACGAAUAUUUUAGACAGCAGCACAUCGAGUUAUCCUCUCGUGUCCCAACUCCACUUAUAGGGUCGAAGCGUUCUUACUCUGAGUCAACAUCUGCGUCUCCACCGAAGAAAACAAAGUAUGGUGAUGAUGAUUUCCGCGAGAAUGUCAUUUCCCUUGAAGAAGCCAAAGCUCUCUUCUCCUAUUUCGACACAAACAUUUCGCAACAGUUAUUUGGUUUUGAAAUAAAGCAGUUUUCUGUUGAUGUCAUUUGGGAAAUCUCUCCGAUACUUAUAUGUGCUAUUUGCACCAUUGCAUCCAUGCACUAUCCAGACCCUGUGAAAUCCUCGAAAAGAGAUGCAUUACAGAAACAUUUGCAUGAUCUAUGCGCUAAAUUGCUAUUCAAGGGAAGACCUCGCACAGAAGAAGAAGGUUUCAAUGCGAUAGUGGCACUAGUUCUUUGCAGUUUUUGGCUCUCCGAUUCCCAAAGAUUCACAGGUUUAGCAUUGCAACUAGCGAAAGAGUUUCAAUUCAAUCAUCCCUCAGCAUCGAAAACACAAAGCUCCCUCUCGGAAAAAGAUAAACUCAAAUUGUGGUAUUUGUUGUACAUUCUAGAUGGCCAACAGAGUAUGACGCUUAACAGACAGUACUUAUUGGAUGGAAAUGAUGAAUCUUUCAAGAAUAGUAGGCUGGUCCUAUUGUCUAGAACUCUGCUGAUCAAAUCUAGUCCUACGCAGGCGAUAGAUCAAUCAGAGGUAUCUAAGGGUCGUCAGACAGAUCAAAAGGAGCUGAAGAACUCUAAAUCUUCUGAUGAAAGCAAGGCACCUAGCUUUACCGAUCUACGGCUUGUCUCCCAAGUGGAGUAUAACCAGGCACUUAAUGAAGCAUUCAAGGGUAAUGCAUGGGAGCUUAUUGCUCCUAGCGCUUUCGGAAUCCCUUCAAAAUCAAAUCUUGAACUAGAUAAAUGGAUGGUUUCAUGGACAGUUCUUCUUGCACCCAUGAACUGCGGAUCUGUAUGGCUGUCUAAGUCUACAUUGAUUUAUUACAACUUUGCCAAAAUGCACAUAAACAGUUCAAUUGUCAGGCACUUACAAAUGGAUACUGGAAGUGAAGAUGUUGUUUUCCCUAGAUGGGAAAACUACAGUCAGGUACUGGAGAAGCAAAAAUCUCCGGCUAUUGAUCAUGGGGCAAGACAAGAUUCUGAUGAUGAAGAUGAAGACGAUGACGAUGAGUUUAUCUCUAACAAAGAACUAGUGUCGCAAGAUGAGACGCUCCUUGGACUUAACAUCGCAGUAAACGCUGCCCAAACAGUGCUCAAUCUUGUUUUGGAUGACAAUGAUAUUCUCUCGGAAUUGAAGUAUGUCCCAGUACACAUUCAUAUCAUGUUAUACUAUGCAGCAUUACUUUUAGUGAAUCCACCUACUUGUGUUACAGAUGGUGAGAAAAACGAAGCCUAUUUUCAAAAAAUUAUUGAAAAUUUAAAGACGGUCCGCAUUCUUCUGAAGAAAGUAAACAUGAAUAUCCCUACAGACAAGCAAUUUGGAGAGCGCUUUAUAAACAGUUUGGACAAUGUCUUUUUGGAGAGGUCUACAAGACUUAAGAGUGAAUUGAACGAGUCAAAUUUAGAUUUGUCGGUGAGAGCAGAACUUUUGAAAGAGCUAUCUUCCUUGCAAUACUUCGACAGCAAGUUGGAAAUGGUGUUAGACACAAAGGAAAGUAACAGAGGAUCAUCUCCAAAACCUGAACGUAUCUCAGCUUGGCCAGGUUCGCAUCAUGGUCAUCCAUGA